AUGGGGCGAUACGGCCAGGGCGGAGGAGGCGGGAUGGGGGGUCGCGGCGGAGGCAGAUCCGCCGGUCAUCACCGAGGGCAUCAUCACCAUCAUCACGGCGGCGGAGGCGACGGCGGCUACCACAACCCCUCCGCGGCGGCGGAUAAGGACGCGCAGUUCAUGCCGUUCUUGAACCCUUACCCGUGCGCGCUGAUCCCCGUCCCGCUCGAGUUCGAGUCCGCGGGCCACUUCGCGUGGAUAGUCGCGAAUAAUCUCCUGGCGGAGUUUUGGCAUCUCAUCAGGCGCGUUCUAUACAGUGGUUCCCAUACGACCGCGCUGGCGUGGUGA